AUGUUGGGUGAUCUAAUGGUCAUCUUGGAGUACUGUCGGCAUGGGAAUCUGGAGCGUUUUCUGAGAAAAUAUCGACCAUCCUUUAAAAAUGGAAUUGACCAUCACACUCUCAAUAAAUUCAGGAUUGGGAAAGAAUGCCUUCACUCCGACGCUCACCAGCUCCCAGGAGGAGAACAUGGACAAGGAAUGGAAACGACAAUCAGGAAGAAAGUGGAAACUUCCAAAGAGAUUAAUCUCCUUGUGUCUUUCACUUAUGGCGAUCUGGUGUCCUGGGCAUACCAGAUAUCUCAAGGCAUGGAGUACCUGAGUUCCAGGAAGAGCUGCAUGCUUCUUCCGUACGCCAUUCUCAACCCUGCACAAGGCAAAAUGGAUGCUAAUGAUGUCCAAGCCUUCAAGAGCAACAGCCUGGAAGAACUGGAACUAUAUCACAAUAAAAUUACGAAUGUGGAGUUCGACAAAUGGAAAACUCCCAAUUUGAGAAAACUCUCCCUUUCUGCCAAUUUCUUGAUAUCAGUCCCUGCGAUCAAGAGCGACAGCCUAGAACUCUACCUCCAUGGUAAUAAAAUAACGCAUGUGAAGUUCGACAGAUUGGAAAUUCCCAAAUUGAGGAAACUAACCCUAGCGGAAAAUUUACUGACAUCGGUCCCCGCCAUAAAUAGCGACAGCUUGGAAGAACUCGACCUCGGUGGAAAUAAUAUCACGAAUUUGGAGAUGGACGGAAGCGGAACUCCUAAAUUAAGGAAACUCUUGCUCUGGGGAAAUUCCUUGACCUCAUUCACAGAAUUCAAGAGCGAUAGUCUGGAGGAAAUCAACCUCUCUGACAAUCAAAUCACGAAUGUGGAUUUCGACAAUUGGGCAACUCCCAAAUUGCGGGAACUCUUCCUUUCCAGCAAUUCCUUGACCUCAGUCCCAGCAUUCGAAAUGGACAGUCUGGAAAAACUCAUUCUCGAUUUUAAUAAAAUCAUGAAUGUGGAGACCGACAGAUGGGCAGCUCCCAAAUUGAAGGUUAUCUCCUUCAACGGGAAUUUGCUGACGACAGUCCCAACAUUCAAGAGCGACAGUCUGGAAGAACUCGGCCUCAGUUGGAAUAAAAUCACGAACGUGGAGUUGGACAGAUGGGAAACUCCAAAAUUGAGGGUUAUCUCAUUCAACAGGAAUUUGCUGACCAAAGUCCCAGGCUUCAAGAGCGACAGUCUCGAAGAACUCUACCUCGAUGACAAUAAAAUCACGGAUGUGGAAACCGACGAAUGGGCAACUCCCAAAUUGGGGAUACUCUCUCUUGCCGGGAAUUAUUUGACGUCAGUCCCUGCCUUCAAGAACGACAGCCUGCUUGAUAGCUUUCUGGAUUCCACGUUAAAUGAAAGCAAAAGUUUUUGGGCCAACACGAGAGUUUCCCUUCGAAGUAACCAGAUCGUUACAGUUGAUGGGAGGAUCCUUUACCGAAUCUUAAAGGAAUUCUCCAAGGGAGAAUGCUCUCUGGACCUGUUAGAAUCCGGGACAAUGAAAUAUGCUCCUGGAUCACCUACGGCAUUAAUUAAAGGCGAGAAAGCUGCGCCUGGAUCGUGGCCCUGGCAAGCGGCCAUCUAUGAUAAACAAAAAAAGGGAAUCGUAUGCGGAGCCGCUCUCAUUGGAGAAGGAUGGGUUCUCACGGCAGCACAUUGCGUCAUGCAAGAGAAUAACAACAACUUCACAGUUCGAGAUAUUAACGAUUUCAUCAUCUAUCUCGGCAACCCCAAUCAAGAUGAGUCAAGAAACGAUGGAUCAGUCCAGAAAAAAGAGGCUUUUCAUCAAGCAAAUGUGUUGCACGUGAGGUUCCCAAGACUUCUUCACCUCUUCCAAUCUGUACUGCAGAGCGGGCCAUAAAUAUUCAUACCGAAUCGAAUUCUUGUAUUUCUUGUUCUAAGAACUUCUCAUGGAAUCAACUGCAGCUUCAUGCACAGGAACUCAUGGUCAAUAUUCACAAAAUAUAUUCGAUGGGUCCCAUGUUCUUCUUGACAGCAACCUGCAACCUUUGAAUCUGCCUGUCGAUUGUAUUGGACGAACGUGCUGUCGCUCCACUUUGGGCAAGGAUCUUACGUGGUUCAGUUCGCGGAUUUCGUUCAGGAGCACUGGCUUCGAGCAGAACUUGCAUACAUUACGAACAGAGGACAUUAUACGUGGGUUAUUCGUAUUUGUUAAUUAUUCUGGUUAUGAUCAAUCAGGCAAUUUUUGUGAACUUCAAGCCAUUUUGGACAGAGGAGAAUCCAUUUUAUAACAGCCAAGGUUGCCCAUCAAAGAGAC